AAACUAACCAUAGUCAUUUUCAAAAUACAUACAUUAAUUUGGGAAUAAUUGGGCAAGGUGGAUUUGGAAAAGUAUACAUGGUUCGCCAAAUACUUGAUGACCAAAUAUACGCUGUAAAGCAGAUUGAAUUACGUGACCCUACCAAAAAAUCUGAAAUUAUUAAAGAAAUUAAAAGUCUACUUAAAGUUGAAUCAAAAUAUGUCGUUAAGUAUUACGGCUCUUGGGAAGAGCUCACACACGUCUACAUUCAGAUGGAGUACUGUUCCCAGAAUUUGAUGGAUAUUAUUGAACUUAAACCUCUAAUAUUUUGUCGAGAACCGAGUGAGCCUAUGGAUUGUUACGAGUACUUCAUUUCAUGUGAAAUAUUCCUUGAAAUCCUGAAAUGUGUUCAGUAUUUGCAUGAAUUGAAACCACAGAUCAUUCACAGAGACCUCAAACCCCAAAACAUAUUGAUUGCUGAAAAUGUAAGAAACGGUAGAUUUAUUAAGUUAUGUGACUUCGGGUUGGCUACUGAUCACAAAUCUGAAUCCGCGAUUCACACCACAAGGUUGGGAACUAGUAGAUAUAAAGCACCGGAAGUUGACGCAAAUGGAGAUAAAGCUAAAUAUACUACUAAAGCGGAUAUAUUUAGUUUAGAAAAUAUAUGGAUUUCUACAUAUAUUUGGAUAUAUAUGAAUACACUACACUAUAUGCUCAUAUUGAACACCUCU